AUGCCUGCUCCCAUCGAUACGGAACUCGACAGAUCUUCGGUGAAUAGUCAUGCGACUGAUGCUUACAGUCCGGAUUUUUUUGAUGCAUCCGUCGCAGAUCUUGCUGAUCUAUUGAAAAGUGAACCACAAGAUGAUUUUAUUGUUGAUUUACAAGAUACAAUAUCGAAUAUAUUCUCAUCACCGACGAUUUUUUCUCUGGCUUAUUGUCAUGAUUUGUUGCUUCGUUUUAUUCAACAACCAGAGAGCAUGCGUCCGGUUUCAACAGAUAACUUAUCUCUUCUGACAUCUCUUCUCAAAGAUCUUGAAAUUGUUGGAAUGACAAACAAUUAUGCCCGAGAAUUAGACGCUAUCCUUCGACGGCCACACAUUCGAAUGGUCAUGGAUGCUCAUCAAACGAUAGCAACAAGAGAAUAUGCUGAAGAUCAAUUGCCAAUUGGUUAUUUACCUGAAGCUGCAAAACCCUUGCCUGACAUUACAUCGCCUUCAUACGUUUUUCCUGGUACAAUGCCGCAUAUGCCGCCGAAAACCAUCGGAAUCGAAUCGACCGGCGAAGAACAUCUAGGCGUGACGGUGAAAUUGAAUGAAAUGGGUGAUUUAGAAAUCAAGAGAAUUGUUCAAGGAGGUUUAAUUGAUAAACAAGGUCUUCUUCACGUCGGUGACAUUAUCAAAGAAAUAAAUGGUGAAAUUGUGAAUACGCCUGAAGAACUACAAGACAGAUUAAGAAACGCUCGAGGUGCGGUAACGUUCAAAGUUGUUCCAGGUUAUUGCGACUAUCCAUCACCUUCACAAUUAUACGUUCGAGCUCAUUUUUCUUAUGACCCGGCGAAGGAUAAAUUGAUCCCAGCUAAAGAAGCUGGUUUGACAUUCGAAGAGGGUGAUAUACUACAAAUUCUUUCACAAGAUGAUGUUCAUUGGUGGCAGGCGAAACAUGUGAAGGAUCCAUCGCAGAAAGGUCUUAUACCAUCACAAUAUCUUGAAGAGCGACGAAAAGCGUUCGUUGCACCCGAAAAUGAUUUUUCUAAAACGUCCCUUGUAUGCGGCUUAAUAGAUCGUCGAAAGAAAAAGCGUUUGCUAUUCAAUGUAAAAGAUUCUUCACUGUUCGAUAAAGGUGAUAUAUGUCUUUACCAAGAAGUGGCACGUAUGCCACCAUUUGCAAGAAAAUGUUUAAUACUCAUCGGACCACAUAGCGUGGGUAGACGAACAUUGAAGAGUCGUUUGAUUGCUCUUGAUCCUGAACGUUUUGGAACGACUAAACCACAUACAUCACGACCGUUACGUAUUGAAGAAGGCAAUUCGUAUUUUCAUCUUGAUCGACCAGAUAUGGAGGAUGAAAUCGAAGCAGGUGCUUUUCUCGAACAUGGACUCUACGGUGAACAUCUAUAUGGUACCAAAUUUGAGUCGGUUCGGCGAGUUAUUCAAUCGGGCAAAAUGUGUGUGUUGGACGUUGAACCGACUGCUUUAAAAUUAAUUUGUAACAAAGAAUUUAUGCCUUUCGUGGUGUUUAUCAAAGCUGCUAGUCUGGAUUAUCUUCGUUAUAUGCAACAUAACAACAAACAGAAAACGUCCAAAAUGCGAACAAAAAGUAAUAUAGGAAACAAUUCAUCGUUGAAUCUAUCGUCGAAAGAUCUUGAACAAGUUGUUAUGGAAAGUGAAGCUUUAGAACACGAUUAUCAUGCUUAUUUUGAUCUGACGCUGGUCGCUGAAGAUCUCGAUAAAACUUUCGAACAACUUGUUCGAGCUGUCGAAGCCUUAAGUACUGAGCCUCAAUGGGUCAAUGUCCAAUGGUUUUCUUAA